AGAAGAUUGCAAUAAACAUGUACACGUUAAGCGUACGAUAAGAGACUUUUCUAUGUGUGCCUUGGAUAUCGAAUGGUAUGCAUUGAUGUAUCUUAGAUAUUCUAAUUUGGUUGAUUUUAAUAUGGCCGAAGCUGACAGGCGGAACUUUAACGCUGGGUUUGUUACAGAUUUAAAUGCUGCAGCCAAAAAACUGAAAGAGGGGAAAGUGAUUGGGAUUCCCACGGACUCAGUGUAUGCCUUAGCUGCAUCAGUCAAUCACCCGGAGAGUGUUAGGAAGAUCUUUGAAAUUAAAAAACGACCACUUGAAACGGCCGUUACUCUCCUGUUGCCAGACAAGGAAACGUUGGAAAAUGCCAAGCCGAACUUCCAUCCAGUUUUGAUGGCUUUUAUCAAACCAUGUCCAUAUGGCUUUGUGGUCCCCAAAGGAGAUUGGCUCAAGAAAAUAUGCCCUGAAGAAACAAUAAAGCUGUUGGGGGACAAAGACAGUGUUUGUAUUCGAAUCACCAACAGUACGCCCCUGUGUUUGUUUUGCUUGAAGUCUGGACCAUUAGUCAUCUCUUCAGCUAAUAAACACAAGGAACCAGACAGUACACAUCAUGAUAUGGUCGAAAGAGCAUUCGGAGACGCUAUUGAUGGUGUUGUAAAAGCUGGUAAUUCCUUACUGAAAAAGUCUUCAAGUAUCGUUAACUGUCUAGACAUACAAAACGAUCGGAUCAGCUAUUUUCGAAUAGGAAGUACUUCACAAGACGAUAUAUUUCGAGACUAUAGAGCUGCAAAGGAAAGUGUCCGUACUUUGACGAAUAAGUAAAGAGGUUCAAUGUUUAAGAAAUGUUUUGUUAAAAUUGAUAAAAUUAAUAAAAAAAAAUGUUAUAUAAUUAAUAUAAAAAAGAUGUGGCUUUUAAAAAAUGUAUUUUAUAUUUUUUUUAAAUGAACAUUUUACUUAUACCCAUUGGGUCUGUUCUAGAUUUUAAAAAUUUCAAUUUUAAAUUUCAACCAUAGCAUAUUAUAUCUUGUGGGGCUAUGCAGGUGAAUAGAAAUUCGGCUAAUUGAUUGUGUCUUUGCACUUUGUGUUACUUUUUGAUCAAAUGAUGACAUUAAUUUGAAAUAUAUUAGUGACUGUAUGUAAAUGGGCCUAAUUAACGUUAAAAUUAGUAUUGUAUAAUUAAAAUUAUACAACUGUUUCGAAAGGAGAAGAAAAACAGAUCAAAAUUUAAAUGAAUUCCUCUCACUGCCUUUUAAUGUAUUGACAGGCAAGCAGUAUAGAAUCUUCAAAUUGUACCCUCAAAAAUACAUGUUCUUCAAUUAAAAAUUGGUAUCACCCCAAUUUAUAUUUUAAAAAAAUAUUUUUUGUUUUUUGUUUAUUUAGUUAAAUGAUCCUUCUUUCUUCUUCUUCGUUCUUAAUUUUAGUGUUAGAAAAGAUCCCCCUCCAACACAAUUAAGGAUACGUGUCAACUAGUUAUUCGCCAUUGUGGCCAUUGACUCCGAUUUCAGCCUGCUUUUCUUUUUGGAUUUGCUUCCCCAGCUAACGAGUCUCAUCUGCCCGAGAAUUCGAACUCGAGACUUUUCGAUUUAAUAACCAUGAGCUUUACCGACUCGACCACGCCGACAUUAAAUGACCCAAUUAUGAACACUUUCUACAAAUUAUUAUUUUAAAUUUUUGUUAAGGAGUGGCGUAAUUAAUUAUUUAAAUAACCAUGAUUACUCGAUAUUUUAUCUAAUUUAAAAUGCUUAAUUUUAAUCAAUGAAUAACUUUUUUUUACUAAUGUUCAAAUUUUAAGAACUUUUCAGUACUCUUAUCAGGUGAAGCUUGGUUUUAAUCCUUGUUUAAUAUUAUUUUCAAUAUAGUUCUGCUUUAUUUUUAGUGAAUUUAUAAAGUUCCUAUGAGAUAAUAGAGUUUAAACCAAUCGAAGAGCUCUUUUUUAUUUUUUGCUUUUUCCUCAAAACACCUUUUUUGACACUUUGUGCAGGAUUUUUCAAAAAUAAUAUAAAGUUAUUCGGUUGAAAUUUGGUACAUGUGUUAAGUAUGUACGAUUUCUUGAAAUUGUACCACUUUUAUUUAGAUAUUCCAAAAAUUGUUAAAGAUAUGGAUGUUAAUGUAACCACAGACCUAUAAUUUUUUUCUCACAUAAAAUUUAAAAAUUCAUAAAAUAUUUAUUAUCCUUUAGAAUCAAAUUAAAGUGGUUCAAAGUACACAUGAUCUUACAAAAACGUGAAAAAUUUUAGUUCUUAAAUGUUUAUACUUUUUUCAUAAUCGUGCACAUGAAUAUGUUACUAAAUAUAGUAAGAGCUUCCAUUCUCAAGGUAAUUUCAAGGUCACUACAAUUUUGAACUAUAUUUUCUUUCUCGUACCCAUAUGCAUAGUACUAGUAUAAAAUAUCAGCUUCCUAAUAUUAUAAUUAAAGUAGUUUCUUUUUUUUGUAUGAUACCUAUCUUAAACAACAUGGAGAAACAUACAUUCAAAUUAGAAUACAUUGGAAAUAAACCAUAUAUAUAUAUAUAUAUAUAUAUAUAUAUUUGCAUGUGGUAUCAUUACAGUUUUUAGAUGUUUAUGUAUCACAUUAUCUAAUAAAUGGUCUACUAAUAUUUUUAGCGUAUCAAAAACAAUAUGAAUUGUAUUCACUUUUUUUGUUUCCCUACAUGUAAAAUAAUAAGAGAUAAUUGCUUGUAAUAUGUAUCAUUAUCUUCAUAUUGUAUUAAAUAUUUUAAACACUUCUAACGAUUAAACUCUUGAGUUGCUAUUUUUAAAAACAAUUGUAUUAGAAUCGAUUUAUUUGUCCUCGUACUUCUAGAUUUACACAUUCGUUGUUUAAUGUGUUAAGUCAAUUAAUUAGAUUUUUAGUUUUGUGUAAAUUGUAUCUUUGUGUAGCUUUGAUUUUAUUUGCAAUGUGCGGAAUACAAGAAAAAGAAGUAAGGAAUGAAGAAAACGGAAUUGUUAAAGUAACAAACGUAAUUUGUCUAAAUUAAUGAUUAUGAUUUUGCUAUUACAUGUUUACUGUAUCUAAAAAUAAUAUAAUUACUUUAUAAAUAUCAACGUUUUCUAAUUAGAACAAGCUAUUUACUUUUAGUAAUUUUUUUCGUGCUUUAAAUUGUCACAGUAAUUUGAACUAGGUCCUAUACAAACUAUAUAAUAGAAAAAAAAAUUAGUCCAAAACUGUCAACCAUUUUUUUAUGUAUCGUAAUAAUUUUAAUUCCAACGUAUUAAAUGCCGGAUGGAUGCUAAUUCAUAUUUAAAAAAUCAAUUAAUGUUAAAUAUAUUUUUUAGAAAAAUUGUAAUUGUGUCAGCUUAAUCUACUCAAAUGUAAACUAAACGUUUGCUGUUUGUUGUUGCCAACACGUAACAGGUUUUUAAAGCUUAAAUUAUGUAUUACAUCCAAUAAAUAUUCUUCCAUUGAUGUUUUAAAAGCAAUUGCAACAUGACGGUUUUUUUUUGUUGUGCUUAAACCACGUGUAGCAAAAUAAAGAAUAUAUAGCUCCA